AGACCCACGCCACAGUAUUAUUUCCAUCAGAUACUCAUCUAUCAAUACUCCAUGUCUCAUCUUAAGGUUGGAAAAACUGAGACAGAAAGAGGGUUUCCUCAGCCUCCAAGACUAGCUGGCCGUAGCCAACUUCCUUUGUAGUUUCGGAAGCAGGUUUGUUGCCAUGGAAUCCACACUCUGAGAAGGGCUGAGGAGUAUAAAGGUAACCAUUUGUUUACUCUGUAGCUCUUCUUUUGGAAAAGCCUGACUGGUAGGAUUCCUUUAAGAGCUCAGCCCCGAAGUGAUUUAUCCCAUCCCUUUACCUACUUGAAAACCAAAACUCAGGGACACCUUGUGGAAGGGACACUUGUUGGGCUCUAUCGCUUCCUACAAAUGGCUAAUCCUGGAGGUGACACCGUGGGCAAUGGGACUCUCCACAACAGCAAGAAGCAGAGCAGCACCUCUCACGAUGAAAAGCACAUGAAUAACGGAGUAGUGAAAGAAAUACAGCAAAAUGGAAACUCAAAUUUAUAUGCAAAGACUGUUGUUGAGUCCUUCGAGGAACCACCUCUUCAUGCUUUGGUUACCACAUACAUGGGAUAUGGAAUUGCAACCCUGUUUGGCCAUUUCAGAGACUUUUUGAGAAACUCAGGACUAGAAAAGUGCAAUGCAGCUGUAGAGCGAGAAGAACAAAAACAUUUUGUGCCACUGUACCAAGACUUUGAGAAUUUUUAUACACGGAACCUUUAUAUGCGAAUCAGAGACAACUGGAGCCGGUCCAUUUGCAGUGCCCCUGGGCCUCUUUUUGACGUGAUGGAGAGAGUGUCAGACGACUAUAACUGGACAUUCAGGUUUACCGGAAAAGUCAUCAAAGACGUUAUUAACAUAGGCUCCUAUAACUUCCUUGGACUUGCAAACAAGUAUGAUGAGUCUAUGAGGACAGUAAAAGAUGUUUUAGAGACAUAUGGUGUGGGCAUAGCCAGCACCAGGCAAGAAAUGGGUACCGUGGAUAAACAUAAGGAGUUGGAGGAUCUCUUGGCCAAGUUCCUGAGUGUAGAAGCAGCAAUGAUUUUCGGGAUGGGAUUUGCAACAAACUCGACAAACAUCCCUGUACUAGUUGGAAAGGGAUGCCUCAUUUUAAGUGAUGAGUUGAACCACACCUCUAUCGUCCUCGGGGCCCGACUCUCAGGUGCAACCAUAAGGACCUACAAACACAACAAUAUACAGUGCCUAGAGAAGCUUCUGAGAGAUGCUAUCAUCUAUGGCCAGCCUCGAACCGGCAGAGCUUGGAGAAAGAUUCUCAUCCUGGUGGAGGGCGUGUACAGCAUGGAAGGUUCCAUCGUGAAUCUGCCCAAGAUCGUGGCUCUGAAGAAGAAAUACAAGGCCUACCUCUACAUAGAUGAAGCGCACAGUAUUGGGUCUGUGGGCCCAACUGGCCGGGGUGUCAGAGAAUACUUCGGUCUAGACCCUGAGGACAUUGACGUGUACAUGGGCACAUUCACCAAAAGCUUUGGAGCCUCGGGAGGUUACAUAGCUGGAAAAAAGGAACUUGUGGAUUACUUACGGGUUAACUCCCAUAGUGCUGCUUAUGCUGUAUCCAUGAGCCCUCCAAUAGCAGAGCAAAUCAUCAGAUCACUGAAACUCCUCAUGGGACUGGAUGGAACCACGCAAGGGUUGCAGAGAAUACAACAGCUUGCAAAAAACACAAAAUACUUCAGACACAAACUGAAGAAAAUGGGAUUCAUUAUCUACGGCAAUGAUGACUCUCCUGUUGUUCCCAUGCUCCUUUACCACCCUUGCAAAGUAGCGGCUUUUGCAAGGCAUAUGUUAGAGAAAAAAAUUGGUGUGGUGGUCGUUGGAUUUCCAGCCACUACACUUGCAGAAGCUCGGGCUCGGUUCUGUUUGUCAGCAACACAUACUCAGCAGAUGCUAGACACGGUUUUGGAAGCCAUUAAUGAAUUGGGUGAUCUCCUGGCUUUGAAAUAUUCCCGGCAAAGGAAGUCAUAACUCCCUGUACUCUAUGAUGAAACCAGCUUUGAACUUGACGAGAACUUAAAUUGAAUCUAAUUCAUCAUGGGGAGCAAAUCACUUAUCUACCUGCCAUGUGGAGCAAGAAGGAGCUUAGUCCUUUUCCAUCAAGAUCCAAGAUCCUUGGGGAAAUAGUUUCUAUUCUUGUGUACCAGAGGAGAGACCUAUUUCUGUGAGAGAGUCUGCAUUGAAGAUACCCAAUGUGUGAGAACAGCUAUGGUCCAAGUGGAAUGCCUCCCAGGUACAUUAGGAGAGACCUUACAUCAGAAGAGCAUAUGGCAUGUAGAAUGAACUUGCUUAAUAGGGCAAUGUGAAGAAUGAGAAUAUUUUUAUUUUUACAAAUAAAAGUCCCCUGCUGGAUUUAUAAGACCAUGACUUCAACUCAAUAGGGAUACAGUCUUAAUAUCACAGCUUAGUCUUUUAGUAAAGAGACUUUUUCUACCAGAAAUACAACAUUAUAUAUUCCCAACCCAACUAAACACACAUACACACACACACACACACACACACACACACACACACACACACACUAUUCUUUACAGAGGAAGUAGGUAAAGAUUAGAAAUAAUCUAAUUGGAUAGAGACAGAUGGAAGAUGUUCUAGAAAGCAGGCUUCAGGGGAAAAAAAAUAAAAGUUCUGAUUGGCAUUUGUAAGGAUGAUACAUCUGCAUAUGAAGAAAAUGGCAUAGACUCACUCCUAGUCUUCAUUUGGAAUGAAGGUGUCACGGAUGUUUAGCUAUAUUGCUUUUCAACAUGUUUUGGUUUGACUAAGACUACAAGCUUCAGAAUUUACUAGGAACCUUGUUAAUAUGCAGAUCUCUGGGUCCCAUAUCACACCUCCAUUCAAGCCAUGAUGGUGCCGAGCAAACUACAAUUUAACAAGCUUUCUCAGGUGAUUCUAAUGCAUGCCAGCAUUUGAGAAUCAUUAUUGGAGCUCUUGGUAGAGCCAUUGACUCUCGAUUUUCUGCUGACAUUUUAGGGUGCUAAUACUGGCAAAGUGAAGUGAAUUCAUCCCAUGGCCAUCCUUCCUUCUUCAGUGGGAUAUUUCCUUCCCAUAUUCUUCAACUGCUCUUUCUGCAAGAAUGGAUCAACCCAAUAUUGAAGAAUAAUCUGCUAUACACUUGAUCAAAAUUCCUUCUCCAAUUCUCACCUACAUCAUUCCUUAUGAGAUGUCUCUUUUACUUUGUUACACAUUGUGCCUUUCAAUAUGAUGCCUUUUUUCUCUUCCUACUUUUAGAAAAAAACUUCAACCUCUGAUUAUUUAUUUAUUCCAGCAAUAGCUCCUCAGUAGGGUGAAAUUCUUAGCAGUUCUUCAGACAUGCAGUGUUGCUUUGUAUUUUCUUCAGAAGCAGCGAAUAUAUAUAAAUGACUUACUCUAGUUAAAAAAAUCUAAGUUCAGAUGAUGAAACCUAGAUUCAAACAUGUACUGUGAUUUAUAGCAAUAAUAAUUUUAAUAAAAACAAUGGUAACAUCA